AUGAGUGACGGAGAAGGAUAUGAAGAGGUAUUGAAGAACAACAUUAGCGAAAGCAGCAUGAAAUGUGCAAGCUGCGGAUGGUCAGGAAAGAUGAAGAUUGUCGAUCUUAGUGAUGUGACAGAAAAUGUGAUAUGUGCCUUUGUCUGUAAAAAGUGUGGAGACAAGUCUGUCAACUUUCUUGAGAAAACAUGUGACCCGAGAGGAAGUGUCAGGAUUGAAUGUUUCUUUGAUGAUAAGGAGGAUCUCAGUAGGGAAGUUAACCUAAGUCAACUAGCAUCUGUCGAGAUAAUCUCAGACGAUCUUUCUUUUAAGCUCUCAAGUACCUAUCCCAGCAUCCAGAACGUCGAGUCCUUCUUGAUACAAGGGAAGGAUCAGAUUAAAAAUCUGUGUGGGAAGGAAGACAUAACCAGCGGAGCAGGCGGAGGAAAUGUUCUAGCAGAUGGAGACAUUUCUAAGGAAACCUGUGAGAAGAAGUUGGAUGACUUCCAAAAACUCAUGGCCAACCCAAAGUUCAAACUAAUCAUUGAAGAUGACUUUGGACUUUCCAGGGUUGCCCCAGCAGGCAAAAACGUGCUUGAGUUACGUGAUGCCGAUGUCAAAGAGCUUAACGACGAGAAGGUCAAGCACAUCUUCAGGAAGAAAUCGGAAUAA